AUGAAGCUUGCUCGUAGCCCGAGGCCGGUCCUUCCUCUAGACCAUGAUGUUUUGAUCGCUCCUUCCUUCUUGGAAUCCACAAAACAAAACCUUUUUUUUUCCUUCUCUGCCUCAUCAAAGAGACAUCUGUCCCCCAAGCAACAACGAGAGAUCGUACAGUCCUACAACAUCUCCUUGUCCUCCACAUCACUAACCUACGACAACUCACCUUAUCCUCACCAACAUCAUCACCCAUCCCUCUUCACAAGCAAGGAAACCGUCACUUCUAUCCAUACACCUCGAGCACAUCCAUCCCCUCAAAAAAUGAAGACCAAACGAGCCAACGCGGCCAGAGGCCCCUCGGAAAUCCUCUCCGACGCACCAGAAAUCACCCGCCAGGAACGCAUCGUCAUCACCCGCCUCCUCGGCGGCCGCCAGUCCUUCCACGUCAACCCGCUCACGGACAAGGAGAUGGCCGUCCUGAAGAGAGUCGUCCCGCGCCUCAUCAAGGCGUCAAAGGACCCGCGCAUGCCCAAUGCCGACAGCUUCUUUGACCGCAACUUUGAGACGUACCUCUUCAUCUUUGACGACGCGCUCCGGGUCGUCAUGCAGCUGAAGAAGUGGUACGGACCUGUGGUAGGAAGAGGGCUGGAUAGCUUGCUUGCUUGCUUUGGCUACUACCCGUAG